UCAACUCCAGAACCAGCAGCUUUACCAACAGAAAAGGGGAAGUAACUUUGCUACAAAUGUUACAGUGAAGAAUGAAUGUCCAUCUGGAGAUGAGAACAAGUCCUCAAAAAGCCACAGCUGUCUGUAUUGUCUCCUAAGUAAUCAUACUGUUGACAAAUGCUUUAAGUUUAAAGACAAGCCACAUAAAGAAAAGGUAAACUUUAUUAAGGAAAAAGGCAUGUGUUUUGGCUGCUUAAAGGUGGGACACAUAAGCAGAGAAUGCAGAGGUCGUUUGGUCUGUUCUGUUUGUCACCAGCAGCAUCCCAGUGUCCUGCACAUCAACGAGGACAGUACAGGAGUUUUCUCCAGACAUCCACAGAAUCAUCUGAGUACCACCUCCACAAUGACUCAGACCUGCGGUCAUGUCAGGGUCUGUGAUGAAGAUAACUCAAACCUUUCUAUCGUUGCAGUUCAAAUCAGGAGUCCAAAAACCAACACCACUGUGCAGACGUAUGCAUUUUUGGACCCGGGCAGCACAGGAACAUUCUGCACUGAAAGUUUGGCCCGGAAGCUGCAACUGAAAGGUAAAAGAACAAGUAUUCAGCUGCAAACGAUGGGACAUAAAGACAUUGUGAGUACAAACAUCAUCUCUGGACUCCAAGUAGCAGCACUUGAUAAAAAUGAUUUCAUUGACCUUCCAGAUGUCAUGACACAGAAACUAAUGCCUGUUUCAAAGCAAAAUGUUCCACAACAGGAGGACAUUGAUAAGUGGCCGUAUCUCCAAAGCAUCAAGCUCCACAACAUAGAUGCUGAUGUGGAUCUGCUCAUUGGCACAGACGCACCUAAAGUAAUGGAGCCAUGGGAGCUGAUCAACAGUCAGGACGAAGGCCCAUAUGCAGUUUCGACCCGAGUUGGAUGGGUCAUCAAUGGUCCACUCCGGAGUGGAAGGAACAAAACAGGCUGCCAUCCUUUCACUGCAAACAGGAUUUCUGUUAAACACCUGGAAACAAUGUUGAUUGAACAAUACAGUCAUGAUUUCAAUGAAACAACAUCCCAAGAGCAGAUUGAAAUGUCCAAAGAGGAUGUCAAAUUUAUGAAUAUCAUGGAUAAUUCAGCACAAUUAAAAAAUGGACAUUAUUAUAUUGAUUUGCCUUUUAAAUCUGAAAAUUCCAUCUUGCCUAUGAACCGUUGUAUUGCAGAACAACGUCUUCAGAGUUUGAAAAGAAAGUUUAACAAAAGCAGCACCUUCAAGAAAGAUUACAUUUAUGAAUGACAUGCUAUGUAAUGGAUAUGCAGAAACUGUACCUGAUCAAUUGAUGUGCAAUGAUGGAAAGGUGUGGUAUAUACCCCACCAUGGUGUUUAUCACCCCCGAAAAGGCAAACUGAGAGUUGUUUUUGAUUGUGCUGCAACAUUCAAGGGAACCUCACUGAACUGCCAGCUGCUACAAGGACCUGAUCUGACCAACUCGGUUGUGGGAGUUCUUCUGCGCUUCAGACAAGAGUCAAUCGCAGUAAUGGCAGAUAUUCAAGCUAUGUUCCACCAGGUUCAUGUUCCAGAGAAACACAGAGACUAUCUUCGCUUCCUCUGGUGGCCCAAUGGUGACACCUCACAAGUUCCACAAGAAUAUCGGAUGACUGUACAUCUGUUUGGAGCAGUGUCUUCACCAAGCUGUGCAAAUUAUGCAUUAAGAAGAACAGCAGAAGAUAAUGCCCAGCAGUUUCCAGCUGAAUUGGUCAAUACAAUCAAACAUAAUUUUUAUGUAGAUGAUUGCCUAAAAUCUCUGCCUACUGAAGAGGAAGCAAUAAAGUUUGUUCAAGAUUUGACAGCUCUUUGCAGUAAAGGAGGAUUUAAGCUCUCUAAGUGGCUUAGUAAUAGUCCUACAGUUCUGCAAACAGUUACAGACAAUAUCAAAGUAAAGAAAAUGUUGGAAAUAGAUUUGGAGCUUUCAAUGGAACGGGCGCUUGGAUUGCAGUGGUGCAUUCAAAGUGACUCCUUUGAAUUCAAAGCCUCACUUCAAGAGCGGUCCCACACAAGAAGAGGAAUACUGUCAGUAGUGAGCUCACUGUAUGAUCCUUUGGGGUUCCUCGCUCCUUUCAUCAUCACCGCCAAACAACUUUUACAGGAGCUCUGUAGGAGAAACCUGGGCUGGGAUGAUGCAAUUCACUAUCAUUUUUCCAAACAAUGGACUGACUGGCUGGAUGACCUGAAGAGGAUCUCAAAGUUUGAAGAGAGCCGCUGUAUUAAACCUAAAGAUUUCUGUCCAGUUAUAGCUCAGCUCCACCAUUUCUCUGAUGCCAGCCAAGUGGGAUACGGUACAGUAUCAUAUAUAAGAUUGCAAAAUGAGCAUCAUGUGCAUCUGUCAUUCCUCCUAGGAAAGGCCAGAGUUGCUCCUCUCAAGCAGACGACCAUCCCUCGACUGGAGCUUACUGCAGCCGUCCUUGCCGUUCGAAUGGACCAACUGCUUCACAGAGAAUUACAUCUUGAACUGGAGACAUCAGUUUUCUGGACCGACAGCACCACUGUCCUAAAAUACAUCUGCAGCGAAACAAAGAGGUUUCAUACCUUUGUUGCAAACAGAGUGUCCAUCAUCAGAGAAACAACACAAGCUGACCAGUGGAGAUAUAUAAGUUCUAAAGAUAAUCCAGCAGAUGAAGCAUCAAGAGGGAUGAAAGCAGAGGACUUCUUGAAGCACAGCAAAUGGAUAAAUGGUCCCGAGUUUCUGCUAGAGUCUGAAAAUAAAUGGCCUAAGCUGGAGGUAAAGUGUGACUCGCUUCCUCCUGAUGAUCCUGAAAUUAAAAAGGAUGUGAUCGUUAAUACUGUUAUUGAAGAGGCUAAAGACCCUACCAGUUAUUUCAUCUCCUACUUUUCAUCCUGGUCAAAGCUAAAAACAUCUGUAGCUUGGGUUUUAAAGCUC